AUGUCUCUGAUCUCAUGUCAUGCCAUUGGUUUGUGGCUGAACCCAGUUCUGCAGAAGCUGGACUUUGGCAUUGGGGAGUUUUUUCAGAAAGUCAAAGAAAACCAUGAGAAGAGACUCAUUCAGGCUCAGACGGAGAAAGAGAACGUUGAGUCAGACCUCUCUUCUAUGUUCCCCAAGCUGGACUCUGCAGUGUGUAAAGAAAUGUCUGUAUCGGACACUGAGGUGUCUGACUUGACGUGGACAGACAACGGUACUUUCAACCUGUCAGAGGGACACACGCCACAGACGGAGAACUCAGAGGAUCUUGAUAAAGAAGAAGCUUUCACCAGCGACCUCCCAGAGUUUCCUUCCCUCGAUAAUGGCGGCACGACAAACGGAGACGACGAUGAUGACCUCAGCCUUGGCCUUCCCUCACCUCCAUCUCAGCCCCAGCAGCCAAUCAAAUCAAAGCUCACACCUUCUCUUCACAAAGACCAGUCCUCCGACAACACGUUGGAGUUGGUCAACCAGAUGGCAGGUGACGUCAUCACCACCGCUGUCACAGCCGCCAUCCAGGAGAGAAUAGAAGCAGCAGUCUGCUUCAUGUCUCUGAGCGAAGACCCCGAGCGGUCGAGGCUCCAAGAGUCGACCCAGCUGCUGGAGCUGGCCGAGGAGUCGGACAGCGAGGUGGAGGACUUUGAGCUGUUGGACCAGUCAGAGUUAGAGCAGCUGGAAGGAGAGCUGGGGCUGGGAGAGGAGAAGACGAAGCUCAGAGAGGACGAACAGGCCAAGACCGACAAGCCAGCCUCUUCUGGGUUCUUCUCCAAACUCCUCAGACGCCACUGAUAGA